CGUAUUUUUACCGUGCGUGGUGUUGCGCGACGCGAUGCACUCGAUCGUGAACGGCCGCGUUGAGUCGGUGAGCGACGCGCGACCGCGGGCUACGUGAGUCUAACCUCGGGCAGAGCUCGCGUAUAUCCUUGGCGUGACGACAGCGCGACGACAGCGUAGUAGACUGACAGAUAUCAGCUGUUCCAGUAAAUAAACCGCCGCGCGUCGACGAUGGACGACGUCGAGGGGCUCGAGGGUACCGCGCGAUCCGACGACCGAACGUCGUCCGACGAGGACGUUAGCGAGUCGGACGAUGGUGGUAGCGAGUAUUCGUCACGUAGCGAAGGUGAAUUGAGCUGGUACGUAAUGUCGGACUCGAUUCUCCUGAGCAUCUUCCAGUACCUGACGCCGAAGGAGCUGACGACCGCGGGCGAGGUGUGCCGAUCGUGGUACAGAGUAUCGCGUGACGAAUUCCUCUGGAAAUAUUUAUUUUAUCGGACGUACAAGAUAGAUCCGGACGUCGGCAUCGUGCCAGGAAAAACCUCCUGGCUGGGAGAAUUCAAACGUUUGGCAUAUCACACCCCAUUGAUAGAAACUGAAAUUCUUAAAGAACAUUCACAUCAGGUCUUACACGUGAGCUUUUCCCACAAUGGCAAAAUGUUUGCAACCUGUUCAAAAGAUGGAUAUAUUCUUGUAUGGCAAAGUCAGUAUCCUGUUACCAUAAAAUAUUUGCAUGAUAUGAAGACAUUUAGUUGGAAGUACACACAAUUUUCCCAGUUUAAUUGUACAGAUACGUUGCUUCUUGUGUCUGGUGUUCAUUUUGGUACACCCCAUAGUACUUCGGGAGAAAUAGCAGUAUUCAGAGUAGCACCUGGCUUUGAUCUUCAGUGUAGAGUAGUGAAUAAGCCGUAUGACAUAUUUGGUACAUGGUACAGUGAACGUUACCUUUUAAGUGGAAAUCUACAUUGGUUGGCGCAUUUGGUCAGUACUAGCGUAGUUUGGCUCAAUAAGGCAAACCAGGAAUCAGCUAGCGAACAUGUGCCCAUUAUGACGCAACUCUUUAGGUUCUACAAUGGAAAUGCUUCCUCGAUUAGGGCAAUUAUGGUUGCAAAUUGUUUAGCACCUGCACCAGUUGAAUCCACCGAACAACAAAGCCAACCGUCUUCCUCGAAUACAAAGGAAGAGAAAGGAAAUCCACCGAGUCACAAGGAUUUGUUGUCACCUUCGGACGAAUCUAAUAGCUCGCAAAAUCAAGAAGAACCAAUAUACUACAUUACAUCAUCACGAAUACAAUAUAGUAAAUUGGAAGGUGCAUUUUCAAAUUGGAGAAAACUCGGUGAUGGUUUUGAAUAUGCUAGUCCUAUACAGUACAAUCAGGAAUAUAGGCAGGUUGAAAUGCAGAAGAAGGCGCACGAAAGCGAUAGCGAAAGUGAGAAUCCGCAAUGGGAGGAGGAGAGUGAGUCUGGAGAAUCUUCAAUAACCGAAGAAUGUGAUACAGACGAGUUAGCCAAUAAUCCCGAAAAACUUCUUAUUUUCACAACUGGCUCAAAAACAUAUACUCCGCAUAAAGUUGGCUUUAAGAGGAUCAAAUUAGUCACUUUCCCACGAAGAUUGGACCCAGGGCCGUCACUGCGCGAGAGAAUAGCGCAACAAAAGAGGGAACGAGAGAGACAGAAUACUCCAUCGGUGGAAGAUUGGCUAAAUUAUGAAUCUGUGGCGGACAAAUUCGAUAAGAUAGAUCAUCUAAUUGAUCUUCACGGCCACAUUAUUGGAAUGGGACUUUCUCCCGAUCAUAGAUAUCUUUAUGUAAAUACAAGGCCGUGGCCGAAGGGUUACGUUAUUACCAACCCUUUACAACCACCACCAAUAGCUCAAGAAAUUGAUAUCCAUGUAAUUGACUUGGUAACACUAAAGCAAGUUGGCACAAUGUUAAGAGCACACAAAGCAUAUACGCCUAAUAACGAAUGUUUCUUUAUAUUCCUGGAUGUAUGUAACGAAUACGUAGCAAGCGGUGCGGAAGAUAAACAUGGUUACUUAUGGGAUAGACAUUACGGAAUCUGCUUAGCAAAAUUUCCUCAUAGUGAUGUAGUCAAUUCAGUAGCUUUUAAUCCACGCGAUCCUGAGAUGUUAGUUACAACCAGUGACGACUAUACAGUGAAAAUAUGGCGGAGUCGGGCUAUGGUAAAGGCUUUAGGCUUAGACGAAAAGUCCUAUCGUAGAGGAAUGGAAGUACGAAAGAGACACAAGUAUCAGAAAAGUGGCACUAAUAUUGACUGAUUAAAAACUAUUAAAUUUCCGAUUUAAACAUUUAUUUUUACAAGAUCUUAGAGAUAUAUUUUGCACUUAAGUUAUACUAUACAAAAUCGUCCAGAAUACUAUUAUUGCGUAAAAGCACAAAUAUGAUGAGAAUAUAUUUUCUAAUUAUCUGGGAUUAUGCAAAUGCAUAUGCAGACUUUCAUUUUUUGGUAAUAUAAUAUAGAAUCUCAUUAGAAUACUUCUAUUUUGAACAAAAAAAUUACUAAGAAUGUUGUUAAAAGAAUGAAUAUCAUAAGAAUAUAUUGUUGACAUGUCUGUUAUAAUGCAAAAUUAAAAAAAUAUCUAAUAUUUUAAAAUUACAUCAUCCACUAAAAAAAAAUCAUUAUCGAACUAUUUUUAAAUUUUUAAAACUCAACACAAAUUAAUAUUAGAUCAGUAAUCUGCCUAACAAUCAAAAAUUUUCCUAUUUAUUCCCAUUGUAUCUACAUUCGUAUUGUAUAUACAUUGAUAAUUUCUCAAGAUAUUUUUGAAUCAUCAGCUUAAAAUUUAUCCAUACAGCCUAUGUGUAUGAAACUAAUUUUAAUAUUUAUCUUUCAAUGAAAUUUAAAAACUUGAAACUUUCAAUGAAAGUGUGCAAUGAAUAUUAAGUUUUUUUUCUGAUUAUUAUUCUUUUCAUGAAUAUGAAUCUAUCGGAUUCUUUUAUUUAUUUUGUUCUAUUUUUAUAUAUAUUUGAAAUAUUUACAAAUUUCAUCUAUCUACGCUUAUAUUAGAUACAGAAAACAAGGAAUAAACGUAAAUGUGCACUAUUUUGUAUUUUUUUUGUCAUAUGUAACGCGACAUAACUAAUUAUAAUUAUGAUGUAUGACAAUACAUGGCGUUAAUUUGUAAUACAUUAUUUCAUUUUUUGAGCUUAUAUUAUAGAGCAAUUGCAUUAUAAAAUUAUAAAUAAAUGUAAUAAAUCUCUCAAACAAAA